AUGGUCAGGGCCAUCCGGGGCGUGCUCAUCGAGUGCGAGCCGGCCAUCAAGUCCAUCAUAGUCCAUCUAGAUAGUGCCAACAACGACAUCAUCAUCGAGGAUCUUGAUGAGACGCACCUUGUGGUCAAGGAGAAUAUGGUGCAGGUGCUGAAGCAGAAGCUCGACGACCGCCUCAAAGAGACGUACCGACCCGAGGAGCCUCUGGAAGAUAGCGAGUAA